CUGAAGCACAGCCUUCGCGCCUGCGCAGACCGGACCUGCGGCAGGAAGGCGGAAGUCGUCGCGCGUGCGCUCAAGGGGAAAGGUGUUUCUUCCUCCCUCCUCUUUUUUUCUAAGACGGCUUAGCUAGGACAUGCUUCCGGGUCGAAGGGUUUGCUUCCGGAGAGCGGGAAGGCUGAAACGCGGUGGUUAAGCUGGAGUCGAGUUGGCGAGCCUCUCGGUGGAGAAGGCUGUGGCCAUGGACAGUACCCAUGGUUUGAAGACUUUUGGAAACUGCGGAAGAUUCUUUUAAGAGAUGGUUCCUGCAAUUUCAGGGAACUCCUCAAUUCAACCAAGGAAAGACCUGCCUUCAUGAAGCAAUUAUGUAAAACAGUGCUAUGAUAUAGAUGCCAAGUGUUGAAAUCAUUCCAUAGGAGCGGCUAUGGAGAGAUGUCAUCUCCUGUGAUCCGAGAGGCAGAAGUGACUCGGACUGCACGGAAACAGAGUGCUCAAAAAAGAGUUUUAAUUCGGCCAUCCCAAGAUGAAAUUUUUGCUAAUACUACGCCAAGAAACCAGGUUAUCCCUCGAACUCCCAGUUCGUUUCGACCACCUUUUACUCCACCCAGCCGAAGCUUACUGAGGCAUCCAGAUGUUUCCUGCAUUCUUGGAACAGGAGGGAGGUCUCCCCGGCUUACACAGUCUUCAGGGUUCUUGGGAAAUCUGUCUAUGGUAACUAAUCUGGAUGACAGUAAUUGGGCUGCUGCAUUCACAUCACAGCGUUCAGGACUCCUCACAAGUACAGAGUCCCACAGUGUAACAGAGGAUGUAACUCUCAGUGCCGUUAUGUUACGUGAGGAUGAUCCUGGCGAAGCUGCAUCCAUGAGUAUGUUUUCUGAUUUCCUGCAGUCUUACUUGAAGCACUCUUCAAAUACGGUUUUUGACCUUGUAGAAGAAUAUGAAAACAUCUGUAGUAGUCAGGUGAAUAUACUGAGUAAAAUAGUGAGCCGAGCAACACCUGGACUUCAGAAGUUCUCAAAAACAGCCAGUAUGCUCUGGCUUCUUCAACAGGAGAUGGUCACAUGGAGGCUGCUGGCUUCUCUGUAUAGAGACAGAAUACAGUCUGCAUUAGAAGAUGAAAAUAUGUUUGUACUUAGUGCUCUUAAUGCCAGUGAGAAAGUGGUGGUGGAAACAUUAUUUCAGAGAGAUCCACUUGUCCGACAAAGUCAGCUCGUGGUGGAUUGGCUAGAGAGCAUUGCCAAAGAUGAAAUUGGAGAUUUUUCUGAUAACAUUGAGUUUUAUGCAAAAUCAGUUUAUUGGGAAAAUACUCUGCAUACCCUGAAGCAGCGGCAGCUGCCUUCUUAUAUAGGAAGUGUCCGUCCCCUUGUCACUGAAUUGGACCCUGAUGCUCCCAUUAGACAGAAAAUGCCCCUUGAUGAUCUGGAUAGAGAAGAUGAAGUCAGAUUACUCAAAUAUCUUUUCACUCUAAUCCGUGCUGGAAUGACAGAAGAGGCACAACGACUCUGUAAACGUUGUGGUCAGGCAUGGAGAGCUGCGACACUUGAAGGCUGGAAACUCUAUCAUGACCCUAAUGUUAAUGGAGGAACAGAAUUAGAACCUGUGGAAGGGAAUCCAUAUAGAGUGAUUUGGAAAAUAAGUUGUUGGAGAAUGGCAGAAGACGAGCUUUUUAAUAGGUAUGAGAGAGCAAUUUAUGCAGCUUUAAGUGGGAAUCUCAAGCAGCUGCUUCCUGUCUGUGACACCUGGGAAGACACAGUGUGGGCCUACUUUCGGGUGAUGGUGGACAGUUUGGUAGAACAGGAAAUCCGGACAUCAGUACUGACUCUGGAUGAAACUGAAGAACUCCCCAGGGAAUAUUUGGAAGUAAAUUGGACCUUAGAAAAGGUAUUUGAAGAACUUCAAGCUACUGAUAAAAAGAGAGUUCUGGAAGAGAAUCAAGAACAUUACCAUAUAGUUCAAAAAUUCCUUAUCCUGGGAGACAUUGAUGGUUUGAUGGGUGAAUUUAACAAAUGGCUUUCCAAAAGCAGAAACAAUCUACCUGGACACCUCCUCCGCUUCAUGACUCACCUCAUUUUGUUUUUUCGCACACUGGGACUACAGACCAAAGAAGAAGUCUCCAUUGAAGUUUUAAAGGCAUACAUCCAGCUUUUAAUAAAUGAGAAACAUACAAAUCUGAUUGCAUUUUAUACUUGUCACUUGCCACAAGACCUAGCUAUUGCCCAGUAUGCGUUAUUUUUGGAAGGUGUUACAGAAUUUGAGCAGCGUCACCAUUGCCUGGAGCUGGCUAAGGAAGCAGAUUUGGAUAUUGCGGCUAUAACAAAGACCGUAGUUGAGAAUACCCGAAAGAAAGAUAAUGGUGAAUUCAGUCAUCAUGACGUGGCCCCAGCCCUAGAUACUGGCACUACAGAGGAGGACCGCUUAAAAAUUGACGUAAUUGACUGGUUGGUAUUUGACCCAGCACAGAGGGCAGAAGCGCUAAAACAAGGCAAUGCGAUAAUGAGAAAAUUCUUGGCAUCAAAAAAGCAUGAAGCUGCAAAAGAGGUAUUUUUGAAAAUUCCUCAGGAUUCGAUAGCAGAAAUCUAUAAUCAGUGGGAGGAACAAGGAAUGGACAGUCCACUUCCUGCUGAAGAUGAUAAUGCUAUCAGAGAACAUUUAUGCAUUAGAGCUUAUUUGGAAGCCCAUGAAACCUUUAAUGAGUGGUUUAAGCAUAUGAAUUCAGCUCCACAAAAACCUACAUUGAUACAUCAAGCAACUUUUACGGAGAAAGUGGCUCAUGAACACAAAGAAAAGAAAUAUGAAAUGGAUUAUGUUAUUUGGAAAGGGCAUUUGGAUGCCCUAACUGCUGACGUGAAGGAGAAAAUGUACAAUGUCUUGUUGUUUGUUGAUGGAGGGUGGAUGGUGGAUGUUAGAGAGGAUGCUGAAGAAGACCAUGAAAGAACACAUCAAAUGGUUUUACUGAGAAAGCUUUGUCUGCCCAUGUUGUGUUUUCUGCUUCAUACCAUAUUGCAUAGUACCGGCCAGUAUCAGGAAUGCUUGCAGUUAGCAGACAUGGUAUCCUCUGAGCGCCACAAACUGUAUCUGGUAUUUUCUAAGGAAGAACUGAGGAAAUUGCUACAGAAGUUAAGAGAAUCCUCUCUAAUGCUCCUAGACGAGGGACUUGAUCCAUUAGGUUAUGAAAUUCAGUCAUAAUCCAUCCACUCUUUGUGAUCUCGCUAAUUUCCAUGAUAAGUGGACUUUUCUGUAAAAUAUACAUAUUUGUAACUACUGGGUUUUUUUCUUUUGCAUUGUCCUGGGGAAAAUGCUUGAAAAUUUAGACAUUUGAAUUUUGUAUUUUUUGGAAUAUUAUGGUGAUAUAUUUGAAAUUUUAAUGUAUUAUGUCAAUAUUUCCCUGUGUUUAUUAAUAAAAUUAUGUAAAAAUUAAAAUUUUCUGUUCUUACAAGUUCCAGGAUUGUCUAUUAUGUAAUGAAUGAGAAGUUGAAUUUCUUAUUAUCAUAUUUUUCUUCUGUGAUCAUAAGUACUCUAAUAUCUCAAAAUUAUAAAGAGGAUGAAAAGUAGAUACGUUUCUAAGCCAGUUAUGUAAUUGCUCAUAAAACGUAAUACUUUUUAAAUACUACAGGUAACAUGAAUAUAGCAAGACUUUUGUCUAA